GAGCGGAGCCCGAGGAAGAGCAGAGCGGGUGCCACCGUGCAGGGCGGCUCUCGGAGAGCGUGUCCUGCUCUGUGUGGUGCCCAUUGGGGACCCUGCACCCCUGAACACACGCCGCCGGGCACUGCAGCCUGCGGAGACCAUUCGCGGCUGAGCAUCGGCUGCCCUUCGAGACCCCAGAGACGGAGGAGCGAGUGCCAUCCUGGGACAUACACCAUGGGCAACUGCAUCCCGGUGAGCCCCGGGGUCCUGGAGGGCGAGAACUCCCUGGACCUGCUGGACAUCCUGGGCAACUUCUCCUACGACAACAGCAACAUGACCUUCCUGGACUAUGAUGCUGCACCCUGUCACAACGAGUACUGUCCCCUCUUCCAGCGCGUGGCCCCCACCUUCCUGGCCAUCACCAGUGCUGCAGCCACCUUGGGCACUGGGGCAUUGCUGGUGGCACUGGCCAAGCAGCCACACGCCUGGAGCUGGCCCCAGAGCCGAGCGCUGGUGGCCCAGCUGGCAGUGGGGAUGGGUCUCUUUGCUGCCGUGCUGCCUCCAGUGGCAGUGGGCAUCAGGUGGGGCUGGCGGGUGGGUGCAGGGCUCUGCAGUCUCACCCACCUCCUGUGGCACUGGAGCCUCUUUGCCCAAGGGCUGCUGGUGGGCAGCAGCUCCUGCAGCACCGCCUGGUGCCGCUGGGACCCCCGGAGCCGGCGCCUGGCUGUGGCUUUGUGGGCCUGGGCGCUGCUGCUGGCGAUGCCGGUGGCUCUUGCCAGCGGCACUGUGGCAGCCCCAAACACGAGCUGCAUCCGCCGGAGAGUGGACGUCCUCUCCCCAGCGUAUCUGCUGCACCUCACCCUCUGCCUCUGCCUCUUCCUGCUGCUGCCAGCAGUGCUUCUGGCGGCCACAGUGGCCAUGCCGCGGCUGAGGGCAGCCUGGCAGCCAGCCAUCGGGGCAAGCUGGCUCUUCUUUGGGCUCUGGGUGCCUUACGGCGUGGGGCUGGCUGUGGAUUUCCUCUUGCAGGCCCGGCUGCUGCAGCCCAGCUGUGGCACCUUUGAGCACUUCGACUACAUGCUGGGGCUGAGCGAGGGGCUGGGGGUGCUGCACUGCUGCCUGGGGCCCGUGGUCCUGAUUGCCACACGGCUUGGCCACCGCGGGGUGGGUGGCAGCUGCUGAGCUCCUUAUGGUGCAGCCCAGGGUCCUGUGCCCACCCCUGGCCCACCACAACGUUCCCUCUCCCCACCAGCCCCUCAGCUUCUGCCACACAGGCAAUGCUUCCCUAGAACCCAGGGGAGGGCAAUGUGGCCACCAGACUUGGUGCCUCUCCUCCUUCUGUCCCCUUCCUUGGGGUCUCAGCACCACCAUUUGGGGUCGGACACCCUGAUUUGCUCAAUGGAGAUACCCCUGGGGUGCCUCAAGUGUCUCCCCAAGACCCCACGGUGGGGUCAGCCCCAGCCUCCUGCAUGCCUGUGGGGACCUCCGAGCUCAGCCCCAGCCCCACGGGGAGAUUUCAGCUGGCAGGGCAGCAGCAAUGGGAAGUGACACAGGAUUUUUGCUCCCUCCUGACAAGCCAAGUGUCACAUCCGAGAUCAGCCACUGGGAAUUAUAUACAAUAUAUACGUCUGUCA